GCACACUGUACUGGCACAGGGUCUCACUGUACUCGCGAUGCCAAUGCCGCUGUCUCUGCGCGUCGUGGCCGAGUGCCGCUGGAGCGGCGCCCGCGCCGCCACGCUCGUGGCCCCCCACGGCCCCGUGGCGCUGCCCGUGUUCAUGCCGGUGGGCACGCAGGGCACCCUCAAGGGGCUCACCGCGCGACAGCUGCGUCGUCUCGGCUGCGGCAUCUGCCUGGGCAACACCUACCACCUGGCCAUGCGGCCCGGGCCGGAGCUGAUCGAGAAGGCCAAGGGCUUGCACGGCUUCAUGGACUGGGAGCGCUGCCUGCUCACCGACAGCGGCGGCUUUCAGAUGGUGUCUCUGGUGGAGCUGGCGGAGGUGACGGAGGAGGGGGUCCGCUUCUCAUCUCCAUAUGAUGGCCGCCACAUCCUCCUGACGCCCGAGGCCUCCAUUCACAUUCAGAAUUCCCUGGGCUCUGACAUUAUGAUGCAGCUGGAUGAUGUGGUGAGCAGCACGGUGACCGGGCCACGUGUGGAGGAAGCCAUGUGGAGGUCCGUGCGCUGGUUGGAUCGCUGCAUUGCAGCAAACAAGAACCCAGACUCCCAGAACCUGUUUGCGAUCAUCCAGGGCGGACUUGACCCCGACCUACGGCUCAAGUGUCUGCAGGAGAUGAGCAAGCGCGACGUGCCAGGCUUCGCCAUCGGGGGCCUGAGCGGCGGAGAGGAGAAGCAGCUGUUCUGGAGAGCGGUGAAGCUGAGCACCAAGCACCUGCCCCGCGACAAGCCCCGAUACCUCAUGGGCGUAGGCUACGCCACGGACCUGGUGGUGUGUGUCGCCCUCGGCUGUGACAUGUUCGACUGCGUAUUCCCCACUCGGACAGCCAGAUUUGGCUCGGCGCUGGUGCCAUCCGGCUCUCUCCAGCUGAAGAACAAGACAUUCGCCAAAGACUUCGCUUCCAUAGAUGACCAGUGCACUUGCCCCACGUGCAAAAGGUGUUCGAGAGCGUUCCUGCACGGGCUGUUCCGGAGCGACCCCGCGGCGUGCCACUACGUUACGGUGCACAAUAUCGCCUACCAGCUGUCGCUGAUGAGCGCCAUGAGGGACAGCAUCGUGGAGCAGCGCUUCCCGGACUUUGUGCGCGGGUUCAUGGCCCGGCGGUACGGCUCGCGCGACGCCUACCCACACUGGGCCGUGGACGCGCUGGCAUCCGUCAACAUCGUCCUCCCAUAAGGCGCGCUCUGGUCGCGUGCUCGUGGGCGAUUUCAGCAACAUUUUCACUGCCAGAUCUUGUCUGAUGGCGCGUGCCUCGACAUACAGCCCGUUUCUCAACGUGCACCGCGUUUUCGUUCCCACGCGUGUCUGUGUAACCGCUGUGGUUUGAUGAGGACCGUUGCAGCCUCGAUGACCCCACCCUGCUGCCUUGUCUGUAUGCAACACACGUGGCCCUCUCCCCACAGCUACGUUCACAUCAAAUGCGGUCCAUUGGCUGUAAGAGGUGAUAUUAUAAUUGGUGAUAUUUUAUACUGUGCAAGUAGUCCCGAGUUCACGUUAUCUGGUGCACUUCUCUGUUUUAACGAGUUGCAAUGAUCUCAUUUAAAAUAAACGUCGAUGCCUCCCACGUGUUUACGCAUUUCUUCACGCACG